CUAAUCAAACUUCUUUUACGGCCGAAAUGGUAUCUGAGAUUAUCCAAUGCGGGUUUGCUCCGAUAUUCACCCAGUCGUAUACUAUCGGUAUGCUAAACGCUACUCUCUGGAGUUGGGACGUGCGGCAGCCAUCAGAUGACUUUCGAUUCAACUGUGCAUUGGCCCUGAUUUCUCGCGGCCGAUGGGUCGUCGAGUCUUGCGAUAUCAAAUAUCAUGUUGCAUGUGUGGAUCUAAACACGGCACCAUAUUCUUGGAGUAUCUCUCCAAAUGUCACAUCCACCUUUCAGAAUGCCGAAGCAGUAUGCAAGCCGCCGCUUACUUUUGCUGUUCCAAGGACCGGACCCGAGCAGAUGGCAAUGAUGAAUGCUAUGCGUGCUGCUAAUGUAUCUGCUGCAUGGGUUAAUUUUAUGCGUGUAUCUACAUUAUGCUGGGUUCAGGGAUGGAAUACCGAAUGCCCAUAUAUAUUUACUACUGAAGUUUUACUUGCCAGACUUCUUGGAGCAAACCUCAAACAGGGGAUACUUAUACUGUUUAUAUUUGCUUUGUUUUUGGCAUACCAAGCACGAAAUCAGUUAAGACUUAGCCGUGAAAGUAAAAGAAAAGUAGAAGUUCGAAAGAAAAUCAAGCAAAUGGAAUACAAAUCAAUUGCUAAAAUGGAGUAGAUUACAGUUGUAUUCACGUAAAAUGGAAUAUUUGUAUUUAUUUUGCAUUGACCGUCUUUUUGGAAUAAAUAAUAUUUAACU